AUGGACCGCUCGGAGGCCCCGGUCGUCGAGCCCGGCGACACGGCCAAGGCCGCCGCCUGCUCCUUCCUCGAGUCGCUCAUCAACAAGAACAUCCGCAUCCACACCACCGACACGCGCAUGUUCCGAGGCGAGUUCAAGUGCACCGAUCCCCUGGCCGCGCAGGCCGCGUCUGCUUCGGCGGCAGGAAGCUCGGACAAGGUGGCCGUAGACAUGACGUCCCGCUAUCUGGGGCUCGUCGUUGUCCCGGGGCAGUACAUCGUCAAGAUGGAGCUUGAGGAAUUUGCAAGCCAGGCCAAGAAGCAGUUGGCUUGA